AACGAUAGAGCAAACCUGCAAAAUCGCUUCGAAAUACCACUUAAAUUUAUUCUCACUAUCUGCUUUGCCAGAGUGAAUCCAGCUUCUUUUGAGUUACCACAAUUAAAAAUGAUGGCCUUAAUUCAAGUGUUUGUUUUCGCCUCCAUGGUUUUCUGCACAGCCUAUUCGCUCACGUGUUACAAAUGCGAUUCUGAAAAACCUGGCGGCUGUGCCAAAAGUGCGAAACCCGCCACGUCCCCGUGCGGAACACCACCUGCGGACUUUACCUUCGUUUGUUACUACAAAUCUGCUCGAAAUACCGCUCGAAGCAUCAGCUUUGCCAAUUCGAGCUGCGUUGCGGUUCCGGCAGGAAGUAAGCCAUCUAGUGAGAUGGUUGCAGAUUGCAAAAGUCCACCCCCUGAGAUCAGAGUCGACGAGUGCAGAGUUUGCGAUACGGAUCUAUGCAAUGCGGCGCCAUUAUUAGAAUCAUCUCUUACUGCUAUUAUCUGUCUAGUUUCAGCAAAGUGGCUCACGUCCUUCGCUUUACUAUAAUAUUGGGAGAAUUGUUUAAAUAAGUGUAUAAAAAUGUGUGAUAAUGUGUCCAAUAUAUUUAUUGAUUAGUUUCGAA